UGGUAGGAGGUUCCCAAUUUUGGCUGAAAAACCAUCUUUAUCUUUUUUAUCAACAUCUACACACAACCUCUACCCGCCCUAAUUAAAAAACCCCAUAGUGGUUGAAUUACUGCGCUAGGUCAGAAAAAUAGCAAGCUAGACAAGCUCCUCCUUCGAUUUCGUAAGCUGACAAUUUUUUUUAGCGAAUGUAACAAAACCAAGAUAUAAGCCUUUACGAAGUGCAUCAGGUGCAGUAAGAAAAACAAAAACAUAGCUCAACCGAAAAUGUGGUUUCACGAAUACCUUACAAAGUCUUACCUGGGGCGGCGCGACUCCUGUGACGAAAUAAUUAGCCCGCAUACUUCUAAAUUCUUUGUUAAACUUAAAAAUAAUGUAAUGAUUGGGAAUCUUUUGUACAGUUCAUGGUAAUUUUUCGUUACGUUAUGAUAUCCCUAAAAACAAUACCCUUUAUCUGAGGGCAUUGUUAAGUGAUGUAUUUUGAAAGUCCUAUAAGUUAAUGUUGGAAUUAUAAUUUGACACUUAACGACUAGACAAUUUAAACAAUUUACAAACCUUAAAUCUGUGUAUAUUGUAAACACAAAUGUUGAAAUAUAGCUUUAGUUAAUCUUAAGUAUUAAAAUUAGAUUCUUUAUUGCCAAAAUAAGAGAAAUUUAAGAAAACAAAUUGUUCGUUGCGAACUACAAUCUGAUAGUCACAAACCGUCAAACUCAAUUCAACUUCCACAUACCAUCCACACUUCAACGAAGAAGAUGUUUGCGCCUUAAGGCAUCUUGCACAUGAGCUACGAACUGCGAAUUGUGGAGAUUCGCAUACUUUGACUUUUAUUCCACAUGAGCUUUAUUUCUAUUCGCAAACAGCGACGAACUGUCAAUUUAUAAUUACCCUUUUGAACAAACAAUUUAUUUUUUUCAGUGUGGAUUUUAUGUGGAACGUAAACAGAGUUUGACAGUUCGUAGCAACCACACUGAAAUUCGUUACUACCAAAUUUUCUUGUUUUAGAGAACAAAAUGCAUAUUUUAUUAUCCUAACAUACAUUGGUGUGAAUUGGUUUUAUAUAAUUAAAAUGUGUUUUUGUUUGAAAAUUGAUUUUUUGAAAUGUGUAAAUCACAUAUUUGUUCGUAUAUUCGUUUAUUCGUUGUUCACUCUCAUGUGCAAGACCCUUAACCUAAACAUUUUAUUCAAGUCUUCUGAAAUGUCAAAGAAUUGUCAUAAUAGACGAAUAUUCGUUCAUUCGUUGGUCACUCCCAUGUAAAUAGUCCUUGAAGUGAACAUGUUCCUAUCAAUAAGUCAAUACAUCCACAGAAAUAAUCAUUUUGGUAAGGACCAUGGUGUGGUGUUAUCACUAGACCAAUUUUCCUCUAAAAUGUGGAGCACCGUUCCGCUUCAUGUUCCCAAAAUAACUUUUUUUUUUUCGUGCAACAAGCACAUUUUUAAAUGAAAAAUUUUGAAAGAUUUGCACAAAACCAAUGCUUCUACUUAAGCUACAUUUCAGCUAUACUAAUUCGUGGAAUUUAAUAUCAAAUAUAAUAUGUUCCCACGUCGAAAAAUUGUUUAACAUUAAAAAUGAAAAAAAAAAUAUUAUCAACAAUGUAUGUAGGUAUGUGCCUUUUUCAUAAUUAAAUAAUUAAAAACUAUUUAUUGUUUGUUUGCAUAUAAUACAUAAUUGAACUAUAAAGCACAAUCUGAAUCACAGUUUUGAAAUGAUUAAUGGAAUUUCGACGUGUAUGCAUAUAAAAACAACAUCAUUGUUUUAAAGUCUUUUAUUAUUCUAUUUUACUCGAGUGCAUCAUAACACCUGCCAAUAAGAUGCGGUUUAUUGUGCUGUUGAUAGUGUUAAUUCAAUUUAAAGGAUAUAAUUCCCAACAAAAUUCAUAUCCUGGAAAUUAUGAUAGAAACUAUGAAAGAAAUUAUGACCGAAAUUAUAACCACAAUCGAGAUGGAACUAUGCAACCAUAUCAUGAAAUGUUGCAUCAUCAUCAACCAAAUAAUGAUUACAGUAGCGCAAACUCCUUACCUCACAAUUCUUAUGGACCAUCAGUUCCACUUCCACAGUAUGUUCCACGAGAUGGACCAUCAGUACAACAAGUGUCUCAUUUAAAUGGAUAUAAUGAUCCUGCACAAACAUACAGGCCGCCUCCAGUACCAUUGUUUGACGGUGGAGUAUCACCUCCACCACCUCCACCGCAGCAACAAUCAUACUACCAGAGACCCAAUAAUGGAUUCCAUCUACCAGCAACACAACCUAAUGAGAUUAAACUUCCUCAAAAUAUAGGAGGCUAUGAGUUGGUACACACUGGAGAAGUACCCGAAACUCAAAAUUACCAACAUAAUAGACCACAGGUUCCAGUUUCAGUUCCAGUUUCAGUUCCACAUAAUGUUCAACCCCAAAUUCCACAGUACAUAGAAGAUGUUCCAAUUCAACCACAAAAUAACUAUCCCACGUCACAGAAUUAUUAUGGAAAUCCACCUCCACCACCAUCACCAGCACCAUAUGUGGACAAUUUACCAUUGCCAACAAUGCACAAUGAAGGUCUUCCAGCACAGAUUCAAUUUCCACAGCAUCACCAACAUGUUCCACAGACUUCCUAUGCAAGUGUCCCAGUUCCAUUGUAUCCUCAGACUCCGUCAAUUACCAAUGAAGGAGAAUACGGCAGCAGGGUGCAAAACCACCACCACCACCAUCACCAACACCAGGUUCCACAAAAUUCCUAUGCACAAGUUCCAGCUCCAGUGUAUUCCCAAGCUCCUAUUGAAAAUAUUUACUCCUCACCACCACCACCUCCACCGCAGAGAAUCUAUGCCGCCGAACCUUUGGCAAUUCCACCUGCAACAGUUUACGAAUACGACCGAAAUUAUUCAACCUCGCAGUUGUCAAAUGUUGAGCAUUUGAAACAUCAGAGUAUCCCACAGAGCGUUCCACAAAAUUCAUACCAAAAUGUUCCAGUACAACAUGAAGUUCCAAUUCCAGUUUCAAUUCCUUCGUAUGUUCCACGGGAUGGACCAUCAUAUCAACCACAAAUCCCUUCUUAUGAUGCGGUUCAGAAUAUUCCUACCCAAAAUAUUGCUGUCCAAAGUAUUCCUACCCAUAACUCACAACCAAGCAUUCCAUCACAGUUUUAUGGUCCUCAAGACAGACCGUCUUACCCUGUAAACCACGCACCAAGUUAUACCUCCCAACCAAACUAUAGAGAUGAACAUUCCCACAGAGACAAUCAUCAGCAAGGCUGCGGCUGCGGUGGAGAAAGUCAUAACCAUCAAAAUGACCAACAUUACAAUAGGGAUGGCUAUCAAGUGGUUAAUGAAUUGGGCCAAAAUCAUCGUGGUUCUUAUUCUCAACGCCCACGACAACCAAACGGACAGGUGGACGAGCAUGGCUAUCAAAUAAUCAAUGAAGGUCCAGUAGAUCAUUUUGUAUCGGUUGGAACACCAAACACUGAAGUGAUUACUCCACGACAGCCUCAUCCUUCUCAAGAGCCAGGUUCAGGACGUAGACCUUACAGAAAUUCUAGAAGACAACACCUCGCAAACUAUAUAAAUCAUUAUCUAGCAGACAAAGAAGACCAAACUGAGUUCAAUAGCAGACCAAAUAUUCAACAAGAAUCAGUGUCUAGAGGAACACAAGUUGAGGAACCAAAAGCAGAUUCACAAAAUGUGCAACAUCCUAAUGAUUCAGAAACUCAAAAACCAUAAAAAGAAUAGAAUUACUUUUUGGUGUAGAGAUUUGUUAUGUGAAAGAUAUUUAAAUAUUUAUCUGUAAAUAAAAAUUUGUCAAUUUGUUUUUGACUAAAAAGA